CACAAUGAAGUCUAGCUGAUAAACCAUCUAAGGCUGGACACUUAAACACACGGCUGGGAAUAUUGUGAAAUCUUUUUGUCUUAUUUGCUGCAUUGGUUUCUGAUAAGAUUGUGUUGGUCGGGAGAUAUAAGAGCGGAAUUAGCAGUCCUGUGGAUAAUUGCAGUCUUCUUUCCUGGUUCCCUGGAGCACCAUGGUUCAAUUAAGUCUCUGUUUGCCUCUGCUGCUCACCUGCCUGACAGGAACAACUGCCAGUGAGGGAGCGCAGAGCAAGACAGCAAAUUAUGGGCCAUCCUUUGUGGAGAUCACCGGGGUGAGCAUCGUGACUGUGGGGAUUCCUUACGCGUUCCAGUGUUCUGCAACAUGUUCUCCGGCCUGUACCUUCAGCUGGACCCGAGGAAACCAGACUGCCCAGGGCCCGGAGCUCAGACUGGAGCUUCAGGUUCGGGUGCAGCCCCAGGUUCUGAUCUGUGUGGCCCUCAACCCGGCCACUGGGGAGUCUGUCACCGUCAAGAAGACCCUGCAGGUCACAGAGGGACCCUCCGACAUCAUCAUCUCCGGUCCUGACAUGCUGUCCAACGGCCAGUCGUCCACCUUCACCUGCUUGGCCGACUGCUACCCCUCCUGCUUGUACACUUGGACGGUCGGCUCCGAGGGCCAGAGUACGGGCGUCACAUCCGAGGGAAGCAGCCUCACCAUCACGCCCCCAUCGGACGCCAUGUCUGAGAAGCUGACCUGCCAGGCCCAGAACUCUGUCUCUCAUCUCUUCAUCUCCAAAACCACCUCGGUGUGGGUGGCAACUGGACCAGACGACAUCUCGAUCAGCAACCAGGCUGGAUCCAACACCGUGAUCCUGGGGAGCACCUACAAGUUCUUCUGCAUCGUCUACUGCACACCCUCCUGCAAUUACACGUGGACCUACAAUGGACACACCUACCCGGGGGACCAGAUCCAGGUGCCCAUUCUUCACAAGGGGGACAAGCGCAAAGUGAUGAGCAAGCUAGUGUUCACCAUCAGUGAUUACACCCACACAGAAAACCUGACGUGCAAGGCCCAGAACACCAUAUCGGGGCUCACAAUCGUCACCACUGCCACCCUGACUGUCAUCGACCCUAUUUCUGUGCAGCCUGUUUCCUCAACACUGCCUGUGGCAGGCCAGGUUUACUCAUUGCAUUGUGUGGGCUCACAGAACCCAGCCUCCAUCUUGUGGACUAAAGAUGCCGUUCCUUUACCUGUGUCCAGUAGAGUUAGUCUCUCCCUCCAGAACACAACUCUAUCCUUCAGCCCACUGCAACAGUCAGAUGGAGGACUGUACCAAUGUGUUGUGUCUCAGGGGGGGCAGUCGUUGAAAGGCAUCGGCUACCAGUUGAAUGUGUAUUAUGGACCAGUUGAUGUUGCGAUCGUCCGCCCAGAGAUAGGCCCGGUGGGACCAGAGUUGUACGUGUCACCGGGGUCAACCACGGGCCUCCUGUGCUCUUCUGAAUGCUACCCAAACUGUUCCUACACCUGGAUCUACAACGGCAAGCCGGUGGCUCUGAAAGCAGCCUUCUCCUUGACCUCAGGGACCCCUGUACAGGGAGGACCUCUCACCUGCGUAGCCAACAACCCAGUCACUAAAGAAAACAGCUCUUCUGAGACCAUGGUGAUUCCCAUAGUCCCUUUCUUAGAUGGGCCGUCCAACGUGACCAUCUCAGGGCCUCGUUCUCUAGACGUGGGGGUGAAGGCUACGUUCAGGUGCUCGGCCCAGUGCUCCCCCUCCUGUAGCUUCACCUGGACCGUGUACGGUCACACCAUGACAGGAAGUACGGUGGACGUGACCGUCAGUCGCUAUGUGCCCACGGAGUCGCUGAGCUGCGAGGCCCACAACAGUGUCACUGGGAGGACAGCGAGCGUCAACGAGACACUCUCUGUCUCAGACCCACACUGGUGUGGCUGUUGACCACAAUGCUGUCAAGAGAGAACUGCUGUUGGACAUUUACUGAUGUCUGCCACGCCCACUAAUGUCUACCAUGUGUACAUCGAUUUAAGAGACUGUUUUCAGAUUUUAAAAUUACAUUAAACCCAGAGAUCCUUUUUGAAAAAGUAUGAGCAUUUAUAUAGGAACUAUAUAGGUAUAACACUGGGUCCAAUCCACAAAUGACUCCAACAAUCAGGCGUCCUGUCUGUGCUUCUUUAGCUGUACCAGCUUCACUCUGUUGCCAACCCUUAAGUCAAGCAUAUACUCUUGAUUAAAUGAAUUUCAUAUGCUGACUGGUCUUGCCAUUUUCCGGUCUGUCUGUCAUUUCUUUGUGAUUAAUAAACAGCUGAGCCAUUUCAUUGAUUGUACAUGUUUUGGUUUCAGUGUUCGUAAUCUGUGUCAUGUCAGACACUGUACACCCGUAACAUGACUGUAAUGUCAGUAACGUGUG